CCCCGCCUCUUCCGCUUGGCGCGGCCGCCAUUUUGUGAGCGCCAGAGGAGCCCGGCUUCGUCGGCAGGGAGGAAGGGAAGCCUCGCCGUGGGCCUUUCGUCGUCGUCGUCGCCGCCGGUGGUCCUUCUUCGGCCACCCCCUCGCCCUCUCCAUCUCUCCCAGCCCCCCGCGUCUUUCCCUCGCCGGGCGGGCAGCCACAAGCCGGCCAUGCCCUCCUCGCCGCUUCGGGUGGCGGUGGUUUGCUCCAGCAACCAAAACCGCAGCAUGGAGGCCCACAAUAUCCUCAGCAAACGCGGCUUCAGCGUUCGAUCCUUCGGCACCGGGACGCAUGUGAAGCUUCCGGGACCCGCGCCGGACAAGCCCAACGUUUACGAUUUCAAAACGACAUACGAUCAGAUGUACAGUGACCUGCUUAGAAAAGACAAAGAACUCUAUACCCAGAACGGGAUUUUGCAUAUGCUGGACAGAAACAAGCGGAUCAAGCCGCGGCCGGAAAGAUUCCAGAACUGCAAAGAUGUGUUUGACCUCAUCUUGACGUGUGAAGAAAGAGUCUACGACCAAGUUGUAGAAGAUUUGAACUCUAGGGAACAGGAGACGUGUCAGCCUGUACAUGUAAUAAACGUGGACAUCCAGGAUAACCAUGAAGAGGCGACGUUGGGGGCGUUCCUUAUCUGUGAACUAUGUCAGUGUAUACAACAUACAGAAGAUAUGGAAAAUGAAAUAGAUGAGCUAUUGCAGGAAUUUGAAGAGAAAAGUGGGAGGACUUUCCUGCAUACGGUCUGCUUUUAUUGAAGAAAAAAAAAGAAGAAGCAUUCCCUGCUCUUUUUCCUAAGCCUUACCUGCAGACAGAAGAAAAGAAGCAUGUAUCGAUUCCGAAGACUCUACGGGAGAGCAAACUUGACAGCCUUCUUCAUUCUUGCUGUUUAAUUUUUCCCAUCAUAUAUAUAUUUUUUAAAUUUUUCAAGGGGUUUGGAAGGGGAAGGAAGGGGAUGUUUUCUGUUCCGAAACUCAGAACUAUGAACUUUUGCUCAUUAAAAGAAAAGACAUUCUAGAGACGAAGCUGCUUUAUUUAAGAGAUUAAGAAUAAUCAAGAUUUUUUUUCUUAAUCCCCUUUCCCACCCAGCUCUGUUUCCGAUGCCCUACUUGAAUUCUUGUCUUGUAGGGUUUUAAUUAUAAAGAGAGUUAUUUCCGAGAGGGUAUCAUUUAUAUUUUCCAGUGUAAAGAUCUUAUCUGUGGGACUGUUUUUGUUUUUUUAUUUUGUUUUUUUGGGGGUAGGGGAGAGACUUUGUUUUAAUGGAACAAAACUGAACGGCUGGGAUAUACAAAGGUAUGAGUGAGUAUCUGUAUAAUAUUAGGAAGGAAAUUGGAAAAUCUCUAAUAAAUUUAAAUGGCUCAGUU